CGAGCUUUCUAUUGGGAGACUAUAUAAGAGUACAGAGUACCAGAGCCGGAGCCGGAGCCGGUAGUACACUUAGAUGGCAAACCACUUUCACCAGGGGUUCCAUCCCACGGCAUUGCACCAAUAUGGCUUAGGAGAGCAAGCGAGGAUAUUACGCUUGCAGACUAGGAUCCUACUCACAGAUUUUGGUGAAGUAUUUUUACCCUCACAAGAGGCAAAAUAUGAAUCUCACACCCUGCUCGCCCGUAACUGGAUUCUCAUUGGCACGACCGAAUGAGAUAAGCUGGCUUGUCAUGACUGUACUUCCUUCGACUGAGCCAAACCAAACGGAGCUCUCUGCCUUUAUUGAUGAAGGACGAAACGCUCGUUGGAAAGGUGCUAGUUGGAACAUGAGCGGUUUGAUAUAGCUAGAUCAUAGGUGCGUUCGAUAUUUUUCCAUAAGUUCGUCGCGGGUAUGCACUGGAGCCAGAAGCAGAUCUCACUUUCAGGUUCCAGAAACAGGCGCGAAAAUAGAUGCGAGAAGAAUAGACCCAUUGUCAAAAUGGCAUCGACGUUGGCUGCGAGUCAACCAGUACAAUUUAAC